GAGGACGUGGGGAGAGCAGGGUGUCCAUCAUCGCAUCGUUGGCUGGGGAUUGUCUCUUCCCCGCACAAAGAGAGCGAUCCGGGGCGUUCGUCCCGCACGUGUGGUCUCGGCCUUCCACAACCCGCAAGCAUUAUUUCUCCAGCUUUGCUGGCUCUCCACAUCGGUUCUCUCCCAGGUUGUCUGUCGGAUGUCUGCGCACACGGCGUCCUGAUCAGCCGGCAUGCGGUCUCGAACAGGCUGUUUGACGUGCCGGACUCGCAAGUUGAAGUGCGAUGAGCGAAAACCCGAGUGCACCCAAUGCCGGAGGGCCUCCAGGGAGUGCCGGCCCAGCGAAGGCAUCGUCUUCCGGCAUCAGCAGAAUGCGUCGAUGAACAAGGACGAGGAAGCCUCGGGCAAGGGCAGCCUGAGGGGGUUCUAUUCCUACAAGAACACCUUCGACAAGGACAGCGUCUGGCUGGAUAUCCCCAAGAAUGUGAUCUUCGUCGACAACUCCGACCCCUACGCUGAGGACCUUGAAGCAACCCUGGGAGCAUCCGAAUCUGCCGUCGCGAAUACACCACAUAGUGACUGGAAUAUCUCCCCCGGGAUCAGGGCACCGGGAGAAGGAGAGACACGCGGGCUCCAGGCCCUCUCAGCAGCAGCAUCUCACGACCACUACCCCUUCCAUCCUCCCAUCGACCAGUCGAUGCAACCCGAUAAUGUCUCUUUCCAUAAUGUCGAAAUCACCCCAUCAGCUCCAUCGAUGCAUUCACCCGGUAAUAUACGCAGCGCAAUUCCACCUUCAGCAGCAUCACCUUCAGUAUCGAUAUCCUCCUCCAACAAUAAUAUUAAUUUCCUUCUGAACCCAUCUAGUUCGUUAUCACCUAAUAUUGACCCUACCCUGCACGCUCCUGUAGAUCGGAGGGAGUCCUCCUAUACGUCGAUGUCUCUGGCGUCACGGGUGGCAGCUGCGGAUCUACGGCCAGAUGUCCAAGUAGAGACCGAGCACGAAAUUGCAUUUCUCCUGCGCCAUUUCUCCGAAUCACCUGGGCUAUGGAUGGAUCUGUUCGAUUUGGGGACUUAUUUUGCAUCAUACGUCCCCGUCAAGGCUCUCACGAACCCCCUUCUGAAAUACGCAGCUUGUGCAUAUGCAGCUAAGCAGCUAGGGCGUGUCAAGGGUGCGAAAGCCCGGUCAGGUGGAGUCUGCGCUCAACAGGCAUCGACGGAGAUAUGGCCGGAUGCUGCAAAUGUCGACUGGUAUUGGUAUGGCGCGAAGUAUUAUGAGAAAGCCAUCCGAUUAUUGAUGAAAGAAUUGCAACAUGAUGCAGAAGGCCCUCCGCCCCUGAGUACCCCCGAGGCGUUUGGACAAUGGCAAGCUGCGGAGCUAUGCGAGGACGCUGAAAAUGCUCGAAAACGAAGGCGUCGCUUCUCCAAUAGUCGACUAUCCAGCGCGCACUCCGAUGAGGUCCUAGCGGCCACGGCAAUCUUAUCAGUGUAUGAAUUUCUUGACGCAACUGGACCGGCCUGGAAUCGGCAUCUGAGCGGCGUGAAGUCCCUUCUAGACGUCGCAGAAGUGGGCAUGGUACCUCUGGAACAACAUACUUCACCUGGUGAGACGCCUUUCCCGCCACCAAAGAGACCAGGGCUUUCGAAAGCAAGGAAGGCGACAUUUUGGAAUUUUGCUAGACAGGAUUAUUUAGCUGCUUUUAUCAACGAAUGCCAGACGAGGUUAAAUACGGAUGACCUGGUGAUUUGGACCGAUGCUGGUUUACAGCUCGAUAAUAAUGGGUUCCCCCGGCCCAGUAAUAAUACAGCUGCUGGCUAUCCGGAAGGGGAUGAUGUCAUGAAGGAAGAUAUGAUUAGCAACGCACUCAUCUGGAUUCUUUCAAAGAUCGUCAACUUUAUUGCUGCUGGCGAUAAUAUCCAUCUCGGCCCCAACAGCCCGGUCGAUGCGGGACCCCUAGGGAUCUCACAGCAGACACUGCUGGAGCGCUGGUAUCGUCUCCAGGCUGAGCUCGAUGCUUGGUACAACGGUCUUCCGGAGACCUUCCGGCCUGUUGCUCGACUAGAGCCGUCCAGGUCUCCUUCACAAGUCUCGACGGGCGAUUUCGACCCCUUUCCGGAGAUCUGGUACAGCCUUUCGAUGUGCGCGUCCGCUAUGCAACAUUACCACAUGGCGCGGAUCCUGCUUCUUAUCAACAAACCUCACGAGUCGACUGCUAGGCGGAGUACUGUGACCAACAGGCUGAAGUCAUACCGUUCCAUUGAAAGCGAGAUCCGAUACCACAGUUACGAGAUCUGCGGUAUCUCCUUGUCUCGUCCUGAUGGCUCUGUACGGAUCAACUCACUGCAGCCAUUAUUUGUCAGCGGCCAGUGCUUGACGGAGUCUCAUGAACGACGAACGAUUGUCCGCUUGCUCAGAGAAAUCGAAGCCGACUUGGGAUGGGCCACUGAAUAUCGAGUGCAGCAAUUGCUAAAGGAAUGGGAAUGGGAUGACAGUAACAAUGCCGCGACUUAGCUGUGGUCGACCACGCUCAUCGAAAUAAUAUAAUUGGUCGCUUUGCAGACAGUAUGCAUCAUCGCGAGCAAGACUGUCAAUGAUUCAUCUGCCCAUCGCGCGGCGAAGAUCGUAUUCCCGCCAUAAGCUUCUCAUUUCGAGGAUACAAUCAGUUUCAUCC